AUGGGAGGAUGGAUUAACCCUAGACCAAUAGUUUUUAGAAUUGCAUGGAUACCAAUCGAAGAAAAUGAAUAUUUUCAAUUAUUGAAAAGAAAUUCUAAUAUACCAAUCCUAAGUGAUGUAGUAUCAAGAAUUAGUGAAUCAAAUGAUUAUUAUACAUUAUCUGAUUAUAAAAUUGCAUUAAAUAAUAAAUCAAAUCAAAUGAUUGGCGUUUCAAAUGAAUUACAAGAGAUUCAAACAAUGUGGAAAUGGAUAAAUAAUAAUGUAUUACCAUCAGUUGAACAAAUGAAUCAAAAUGAUUCCAAUGAGAUCUAUGAAUAUCUUUCAUUGAAAUUUACAUGUUUAGGAAUUCAUGAUGAGAAUAAUAAAGAGAGAGAAAAAGAAAGAGAAAUUAAAGAUAAAGAUAAUAGUAAAAAAGAGAAAUCAUUUAAAAAGAAAUUUCAAUUAGGUGAUAAUGAAAAAUUGAUAACUCAAUAUAGUUGUUCAUUAGAUAAAAAACAUGGCUGUGUUUAUAUCUCUGAGAAUUAUAUUUCAUUUUCUUCAAGAAUUUUUCCAACUAAAAUUUCAAUACCUUUUAAAGAUAUUGUUGAAAUUAAAAAAAAUAGUAAUAGUGGUAGUAGUACUUCAAGUGGUGGUGGUGGUGGUAGUAGUGGCGGUAAUUCAACACCAACAUCUUCAUUCGUUAAAUUAUUAAUUAAUUCAAUUAGAAUUCAAACUGAUUCAAAAGAUUAUCUAUUUCAUACUUUUUUUAAAGUUGAUGAAACUUUUCAAAUUUUAGAUCAAUUAUGGAAAUUUACAAUUGAUAAAAUGUUAUUAACUGCUGAACUUUCAAAUAGUAAUAAUAAUAAUAAUAAUAAUAAUAACACGAAUAAUAAUAAUAAUAAUAAUAAUAAUAAUAAUAAUAAUAAUAAUAAUAAUAAUAAUAAUAAUAAUAAUAAUAAUAAUAAUAAUAAUAAUAAUAAUAAUAAUAAUAAUAAUAGUAUUAGUAUAAAUAAUAGUAAUAAUAGUAAUAAUAAUAAUAAUAUUAGUCAAUCAAAUUCACCAUGUAACACACCAUUAUCAAAUUCAAUAUUAAUAGAGGGAUCAAAUUCAUAUUUAAAUACAAAUAGAUUAAGUAUUUAUUCAUCACCAAAUAGCGGUACAACAAGUUUAAAAUCAUCAGGUUCAUAUUAUAUACCAAUUAAUAAUAAUAAUAAUAAUUGGAUAACAAAUAAUAAUUCAUCAACUACAACGACAAUUGGUAUUGAAUCUUUAUUUGCAACUUCAUCAUCAUAUAAUAAUAAUUAUAAUGGUGGUAUUGGAUCACCAGAGUUUUUAUCAUCUUUUCAAUCAAUUUCACCAUUAUCUUCAACUCCAUUAAAUUCAAGUAGUAAUAAUAUUUUCUUUUUUAAUUCAUCUUCAUCACAACAACAACAGCAACAACAACAACAAUUAUCAUCAUCAACAUCAUUAACAAUAACAUUAAAUCAAUCAAGAGAUUUAAGGGAUCCAAAUAAUUUAUCAUCAACAACAACAAAUACUACUAAUUCACCAAAUAGUCCAAGUCAUAGUUAUAAUAAUAAUAAUAAUAAUAUUAAUAAUAAUAAUAUUAAUAAUAAUAAUAAUAAUAAUAAUAAUAAUAAUAAUAAUUUUAAUAGUAAUAAUAAUAAUGUUAAAGAUUUAUUAAAUAAUCAUAAAAAGAAUGAAGAUUAUAAAGAUUUAUUUAAAUUACCAAAUAGUGAAAUAUUAAUUGAUGAAUUUCAAGCAAGUUUAGUUAGAAAUCAACAAUUUGAAAUUUUGGGUAAAAUUUAUAUAUCUGGUAGAUUCUUAUGCUUUGAAAGUACAGAUUCAUUAUUAACAUUACCAUUUAGAGAGAUUCAAUCAUUAUCAAAUGAGAAAUCAAUUGGUGUAAAUCAUCGUGGUGCUAAUACAAUUAAAAUUUCAUUUUAUAGAAAUUCACAAAAACUUUAUUUCUAUUCAGCAUUAAUUGAUCAAAAAUAUGAUUUACUAAGACAAGUUUGGUCUGAAAUUAAUUCACAAACUUGUUAUUACCAACAAAUUGGUUUAAUUAGUAAUGUUAUUACCAAUUCAAAUAAUUAUAUUGAAAUGCCAAUUUCAAUUGGAUUCACAAAUGAAUGGUUCAAUGAUAGAAAAGAAUUUUCAAGAGAUUAUAAAAUCAAACAAAUCAAUCAACAAUUACUAUGGGAACAAUAUUUUACAUUCAAUGGUGAUGGUGUUGCAAUGUUUAAAACUGAUGAAUUGAAAUCAUUGAUUAGAAAUGGUGGUGUACCAGAUGUAUUGAGAAGAAAGAUUUGGUUCCUUACAAGUGGUGCUUUUUAUAAAUCAUGUUGUCAUUCACCAGAUUACUAUAGAUCAUUGAUACAAACUCAUCAAGGUGAUAGUAAUUCAAGUUAUGUUGAUAUUGAAAAGGAUAUACAUAGAUCAUUUCCAAAGCAUCCUUGGUUUCGUGAAAAGGAGGCUGGUGGUCAAGAUGCUUUAAAGAAUAUACUCCAAGCUUAUAGUUGGAGAAAUCCAUCGAUUGGCUAUUGUCAAUCAAUGAAUAUCGUUGCAGCAGUACUAUUAAUUUAUUUACAAGAGGAGGAAGUAUUUUGGUUACUUUGUACAUUGUGUGAAGAUUUAGUACCAGACUAUUAUAGACCGGGUAUGGUUGGUAGUAUCGCUGAUCAAAAAACAUUUGAAAAUCUUUUAGCUCAAUAUUUACCACAAGUUGAUCAACAUUUAAAACGUAUCAAUUGUCCACUUUCAAUGUUAAUUUUACCAAGAUUUCUAUGUUUAUUCAUUGGUUAUGCUGAAAUGGAACUUUCUUUAAGAAUUUUAGAUUGUUUAUUCUUUGAAGGUACUUCUGAAAUUUUAUUUAAAAUUUUAUUAUCAUUCUUUAAAGUAAACGAAUAUGAAAUAUUACAAAAUUGUAAAUCAACUGAAGAUAUUAUGUCAUUUAUGAGAAUUCAACCAGUUAAAGAUAUGGAACUUAUAAUUUCAACUAGUUUUCAAGAAUUUGAUAAUUUACCAUCCGAUAAAAUAGAUCAACUUAGAAAUUCAAAUAAAAUUAUGGCAAUUAAAAGUAUGCAAGUCGUUAAUAAAAAAUCAAAGAUUAGAGAUUGGAUUGAAAGAUAUAAUUUAACUAGUUCUGAUACUGAAAGAAUUUAUGAUUAUUUUCAUGCUUCAAUCUCCUUAUCUCCAAAUAAAUUGGGUAUAAAUCGUAUGAAAUUUUUGGAAAUUUGUAAAGAUAUCUUACCAACACCUUGGAAAUCUAGAAAUGAUUUAAUUCAUUUAAUUUUUAAAUUAUUAGAUGAGGAUUUAGAUGGUUUAAUUACAAUUGAUGAAUUUAUUCAUAUGUUAGUAAAUGUUUUAAAAGGUUCUUAUUUAGAAAGAUUAAAAUUUGUUUUUGAAGUUUUUGAUUCAGAUUGUGACGAUCAUUUAGAUUUAAAUGAUUUUAAAUUAUUUUUAGAUGUAUUCAUUGGUUUAGUUUCAUUUCAACAACAACCUCUUCAAUCUAAUCAACAAUCAAAUUUAAAAUUAAAUUCAUUACAAAUUGAAAAUUUUAUAAAUCAUAUGUCAAUUGAUGAAACAUUUGAUUUAUCAAUUGAUUCAGUAGAAUCAAUGUUGGAUGAUAUUUUAUUAUUUUUUAAUAUUGAUUCAAAUAAAAUAUAUAGUUUAUUAAAUUAUCGUGAUUAA